AUGCUCCGCGACGAGCUCCUACGAUCUAAAAAUGAUGAGAUCGCAAACUGUUUGUCGCGCAGAAAGCGCAAGCUCAGCGCACUGUAUCUAGCCACGGUCGGGUUUGGCGCGACCGAGGACGCCCAUUACCACCAAAAAGAACAGGCCUUCCUCGACGCCAACGAUCUCUCCGAAGGUCGUUACUUUAAUGAUGCUACUCUUCCGCCGCCAUCCCACGCGCGCCCGCGUUCACCAAAUAGAAAUGUGGUUCCCCCGACAACAGCGGCCAUCAUUGAUGCCAAAUCUGUUGCUAAUACCACUUCAUCCUUGCCCGUUGUCGAUGGCGGCGCUCCGCAUGCCACCGAACCCGCACAGCGCGGAGUACCUGUUCUAGACCAACCCGGGAUUGCGAUACCUAAUCUCUCGCCUACCCCUGUAGAUGUGACCGGAUUACAUCGACCAUCUGUACCAGCUAUCAUCUCUAAGCCACCACGAGAUCCUGACGUCGUGCCGACCGCCGCGCAGUUGCCUGAUGCACCCUGCGCGGAUCAGAAAGACAGUGUGCCGCUGCCAGGAACGCCGCUCAGUGCCCACGGUCACGACAAAAGUCUGGCAAAGACCUCCCCUCGUUUGUCUAAGGCAGGCGCGACUGGAGUUCCAUCACUCGAAAUACCUUCCGAUGCCCUUCAUCGAAGGAAGCAUGAGCCACAGCCAUCUCUUGUGCCAAGGCCUUCACGCAUCGAACAACCACUAUCACCUGCUUCUUCCAUUGAACCAUACAAUAAUAAUACACCUGUUCCAACUGCCACAUCACCUGACACAAGCCCAGCUGAAGAAGUGACCGAGCAUGUUCGAACAAUCGAUCGCCCAAAACACAAGCAUGACCGAGCUGGCCAUGCUCGGUUGAGCAUGGUUCCCUCAACACCAGAUGAGCAAUUGCGCCUUGAAGAAGCUCAAUCCAAAGUCGACAGGCCCUCCAACGGAGUGGCUACCGAUCUAUCAUCAUCGAAAGAGGUGAUCCGGGAAAGCGUGGAUACCAAGGUCGACAUAGAUCGAAUGGAUAUCGAUCAGGAGCCUGCGCCUGUGCCUGUGCCUUCUGAAGCAAAAGCAACCCAAGAACCCGAGAGGAUCAUUAAAGAAUCGUUAUCGCCGUCUGCACAGGUUGAGAGUAUUGCAGAGUCGACGAUUGAAACUCCCACGACUAAAAAGUUCGUGUCCAUCCCGCCUACCCAACCUGGCUUAUCGCAACCGGAACGUAUGACCACUCGGGUAUCGUCAGGAGCUAUCCGUCAUAAAUCUGUUUCUGAGAUACUCGGAGAGACCCCUAAGAGUGUCUCUCACGACAGAAGCCACCCGGGCACCCCCUCUGAUCAGGGCUCUCCCGAUUCUGUUGCGAGAAUGCGUUUCAAAGAUAGAAAGGAACGGGAAAAGGAGAGAAGCCGACUUUCAACUGUUGUGUUUCCUAAGCAGCCACCUUCGCAACAGGAGAAGGCCGACGCUAUGGAUUUGGCACACAGAGACAUGGAUGCGGUGGCCAAGCUGAAUGAGGAGCAAGACUAUCUUUUCACGCUGUUUUUGAAUCGAGCGUACGCUCCUCCCCGAGGCACUAAUCUUAAUACUCUUUUGGCAUCUGCGCACAAGACUUUGAGUACUAGCAACCAUAUGCUUGAAUAUCAAGAACAGAUGGAUUGCCGAACUCUUCGACGCAUUUAUGCUCUUCAGAACGCCAAUAGAUGGCCGUUGCGACAAUUAAAACGCUCUGUCGAACCUCCUCGCCAGGGAGCACACUGGGAUGUUUUAUUAGAUCAUAUGAAGUGGAUGCGAACAGAUUUCAGGGAGGAAAGAAAGUGGAAGAUUGCCGCUGCCAAGAGCUGUGCCGAUUGGUGCGCAGAAUAUGUCAACAGCGACGAAGAACAUCGGUCCCUACUUCGUGUCCAAACAAAGAUUUCUACUCCAAACUCAAUAGAAAAGGACUGUUCCAAGGCGGCGCUUAGCCCACCUUCUGAGGACAAUGGGGAUGAAGUGUUUGGUGUAUCUCACCCGACCCCGGAUCUUAUUCCAUCCGCCGAGGAAGAAUCCGUUAGUGAUAUGUUCAACGAUGAACCUCGGCACGACAUUCACGACACUGUUGCCCCUGCUGCUAUCUUCUCACUGGGCUCCGAUGAGUUCAACUUCUCAAUCGACAUGACUCCUGCUGCCGAAAAGCUGCUAGAUGAACUACCAAUCUAUGGACCUCUGCAGAUCGCCACUGGGACGAAUCUACCUGCUUUCAAAGCUUCCCCUGACUCAGUUUGGAAGACAGAACUUCUGCCGGUAUCCAAAUUUGCGUCUGCCAAAAUUAGCUUCCAUGAUGACGACCGUCCCUGCAAACGGAGCAGAUAUGACUACUCUCAAUAUCGUAAUGAUUCGGAUAAUAACAUCAUUGAGUUGGCGCCUGAACAGACCAACGUUGCGCUCUUUCGACCAGAGAAUAAACCCAUUCGCGAUCGAAUUCACCCUGGUCAUCAAUUCCGGCCUCCGACUGAACAUCCUAUGCCAUCUGUUGGUUUCUUCGAAUCGCGUUCGUCCUCGCAGUGGACUUACGGUGAGGAUGAUGAACUUAGACGCUUGGUCAAGGAGUAUUCCUACAACUGGUCCCUAAUUUCCAGCUGUCUUACGCCCUCAUCACUCUUCACCUCUGGUGCCGAAAGACGGACACCUUGGGAAUGUUUCGAGCGAUGGGUAGGACUUGAGGGUCUUCCUGCCGAUAUGUCCAAGACUCAAUACUUCCGAGCUUACCACCAGAGACUUGAGACUGCCCAACGUACUGUUUUGGCCCAACAGCAGGCUGCUCAGCAACAGCAGCAGCAACAGCAGCAACAACAAGGUGGCAACGCCCAGCCUCAGCCACCUGUUCGUCGUAGGACAACCCAGCCUCUCCGGGUUGAUCGGAGACGAUCUUCGAAGCACCUUGCUUUGCUCGACGCAAUGCGAAAGCUGGCCAAGAAGCGGGAAACUAUGCUUCAAAAACAGCAACAUGCUUCUCAUCUUGCUUCAUUGCGAAAGGCAAAUGAGGCUAACCAACCCAAGCCUCCAAUCUCGUCUCCGGCUGAGUUCAGCCGGCUGAAAUAUGACAGAGAGAUGAAGCUGCAGGAAAGACAAGAACAGUACCGCCAGCAAAUGAUUGCCCAGCAAAGAGCUAGUCUCGCAGCUCAGCGUUCCGGACAGGCGCCUAACCAACAGCAAAUGAUGAAUGCGCCAGGACGUAACAACAACAUGCCUCCUACCUCCAAUCCCAGUCUGCCAGGUGGAGCUCCAAACGGGAUACCCAAUGGCAUGGCUCCUACUGCUGGUGCUAACCAAGGCCGUCCCCUUCCGAUGCAGAACAUGCCUAAUGGCGCGCAGCCUAAUGGCCAGCUGCCUAAUGGUAUGGCUAUGAAGAUGAUGCCACAGACUCAAAUGCAGCCAACACCAGGCGCACGGCCAGGUCUGGCAAUGCAAGCUUCCCCCGACAACACUCGGGUCAUCCGAGAAGCCAAUCGUUUGCAGGAGCAGCAGCGUCUUCUGCAGUCUCGGCAACAGCAGCACCCCCAGCAAGGCCAGCAGCAAUUCCACAACCAACAGUUUGGGUCGCAGGGAUCGCCAAAUUUGAACUUGUCGAAUGUCACCGGCACUCCUAACAACCCUGCCAUGAUAGCCGCUCUCCAGAAUCAAGGGGGAAUGCAAAGCCCAUCGUUUCACGCUGGAACACCGCAAGGCGUUUCAACCCCGUCGCCUCGUAUGGGCCAGCCCAACCCUCUUUCGAGCGGUGUUGUUCCCCAAAUCAGCACUCUUCAAAGUCAAAUCCAGCGUACCAAUCCGAACAUGCCCCCUGAGCAAGUGACCAAGCUGGCUACGGAUCGACUCAACCAAUAUCAGCAACAGCAACAGCAACGGUUGUCCCAACAAGCAGCGAUGAAUGCUGCUGCUGGUAGCAUCAACGCAAAUACCGUUCAAGCCGGCUACCAAGUUCCCCACGAGCCAAGCUACCAGCCUCCGAACGGUGGUUCUGCGAUGCAGGUACCUCAAAACCAAGGGUUUUCCCCAAUGAUGCGGGUCCCCCAACCUGGUCAGCAAAACCGCGUUGGCCCAACUAGCUCGCCCGCCAUAAAUGGUGCUGUACCCCAGCCCAGUCGCAGCGCCACUCCCCAAACUCAGCGCAGCGGCAGUGCCCAAGCUGGCCCCGUUCAAGGGUCCACCAAGAGCCCGCAUGCUCCGGCAGCCCAGACCGCAACUAGCUAA